AACGAAAAGCUACUAGUCAACAAAAUGGAGGCAGAAUGUUAACUUCCCUUUUUGUUUUGCUAACCAGCUAUGUCUCAUGCUAGGUUAACAACUUUGUCCAUGAUUUUAUAAAACUACUAGCAGUACAUUUGAUAAUUAAGAAGUUUUCAUAUGUUGGAGAGGACUGGACCACACAUUGUGCUUUUCAUUCAGUGCUUCAUGAUGCCCCCGUCGGGUAAGCGCGCCCCGCGCAGAGAGGAGCUGCUGCUGGAGCUGGCGUGUGAGUGGGGCUCGUGUCAGGAGACGUUUGACAGGAUGCAGGACUUCUGCCAGCACGUGGAGAAACAUUAUAAAGCUACCGUGGAUAGUGAGGCAGACUUACCAGAUGAGGAGCAUAACUGUCUAUGGCGAGACUGUGGUUUUUGCUCAGUGGAAGGAGAUGCGGAGCUACUCAGACACAUGUUCUUCCAUUGCUACCACACCAAGUUGAAGCAGUGGGGACUUGCUAUACUCAAGGGCCACAGUGACAUGGGUGACUGCUCGGUCGGCCUGCACAACCGCAACAUUGUGCCUGAGGUCCAAGAGAACUUCCUCUGUCUUUGGGAGCAUUGUGAGAUGUCUAUGGAUAAUCCAGAGUGGUUCUACAGACAUGUGGAGAUGCAUGCACACUGUCUCGAGGCUAAUGAAGAGAAUGUUUUGUUCUGUGGCUGGAAAGACUGUGAGGCCUCUUUCAAAGGCAGGUUUAAGUUGCGAGAGCACAUGCGUAGUCACACACAGGAAAAGCUGGUGGCAUGUCCGACCUGCGGAGGAAUGUUCGCCAACAAUACAAAGUUCUUCGACCACAUUCGACGGCAAACCUCCAUAGAAGGUCAAAGAUUUCAAUGUUCUCACUGCUCUAAACGUUUCGCCACUGAGCGGCUGCUGAGAGACCACAUGAGGAACCAUGUCAACCAUUAUAAAUGUCCACUGUGUGAUAUGACCUGUCCAUCACCAUCCUCGCUGAGAAACCACAUCAAGUUUCGGCAUUCUAAUGAAAAGCCUUAUAGCUGUGAUUACUGCGAGUACAGCUGUAAAAACCUGAUAGACUUGCGGAAGCAUUUAGACACGCACAGCAGUGAGCCAGCUUAUCGAUGUGACUUCACUGACUGCGAUUACUCUACCCGUUCCCUUUACUCAAUCAAGAACCACUACAAACGCGUUCAUGAGGGAGAUUACACUCCUCGCUAUAAGUGUCACGUGUGUGAGCAGUGCUUCACCCGGGGGAACAACCUCACUGCCCACUUACGCAAGAAACAUCAGUUCAAAUGGCCUUCAGGGCACCCAAGAUUCAGGUAUAAAGAGCACGAAGAUGGAUUCAUGCGUCUGCAGCUGAUCCGCUAUGAGAGCGUGGAGCUAACAGAACAGCUGAUGCGGGAGCGGCAGGGGGAGGGGGACAGCAGUGAAUCCAUCCAGCAGAACGUCCAGUCCGGGGAAGAACUGGAGGAGACCAUGGGGGGAAAUACAGAGACAGGAAUAAGAAAAGAGGGAGCAGAGGUCUGUAGGACUCAGGAAAAUGCUGAAAGUGUGUUCUUGGUGUUGAUGGCCGGCACCUCCUCAGAAACAGACUCUAUGAGGGAGGGGUCAGUGAUGCAUCAGCUACAGGACACCGCCCAACAGCUGGGCAUGGAGGUGGUUUAACAGCACUUUGGAUUACUGGAACUCCCUAAGACUGCUGUGUCAGACAAUAAAAAGGAACAUUAGGACAAUUCAUAUUAACUCAAAACUCACUGUACUAUGAGACUAACAGGGGACCAAAGCUGGAAUAGAGUUUGUUUUCGGAUUCUGUCACCCUCGAACACCUUGAACACUGCACUGAACAGAAAAGACAGAAGAGCUAAAUCACAAGUUAGCUCCGGGGAUUGCUUAAAGAGAUGGUUCACACAAAAAGGAAAAUUUUGUGAUAUUUACUCACCCUUAUGUCAUUCUGAUGCUGUAUUUUUUUUGCCUGGCAUGAAACACAAAAUAAGAUGUUAAGUAGAAUGUUUAAACUGCCUUUUUCCAUUCAGUGGAAAUUUUUCGAGCCUCAAGAAAAAAGCAUGAAAUCAUAUUAAAUGUAGUCCAUAUAACCUGUAAGUUAUAUUAUAAAUAGUUAUAAGUGCUGUUUUAAGUGCCCUUUUUGGAGUUUGGAAGAGUAAACAACCUUCCUAGUAGAGAAAACGUGUUUUUCACGGAAGGAAAAUACAGGGUUGGAACAACAUUUGGGUGAUUAAAUGGCACCUUUUUUUGGCUGAACAUUUGACUGUUUGGGUGUGUGAGGGAGUGAGAGAGAAAUUUUUAAUCCUACUGAACAAUUUAAUCAGCUUUCUUUUUUUAUGUUCAGUGUUAAUGUGAAGGGAGAAGGACAGUUCUCUGUGGAGGAAUCUUUACAGUGUAUAGUUUUUUACAGUGUGGCAAAUUGCUUGUUUUGAAGUCGAAUUGGAAGUGCUUCUGAACUUCAAACUGACCAACACCUCUGUUUAAUUUAUUUUUCAACUUUAUAUGUAGAUCAGGAGAUCAGAGAAUCUGCAGAAAGGCCCAUUCUGGUGGGUACAGAUUUCUGCCACUUUUCUAUCAAAGUAAAAAAUAGUUUUGACCUUUCAUUAAAAUACACCUUUUCCAUAGGACUUUUAUUUGCCAUUGAGUCCUAAUAAUCUAAUUGAGAAGGAAAACUAUACUAAAUGACUUAAUUCUAUUUGAAAUAAACAAUGGUGGUUAUUUCAGUA